GAUACCCAAGAACUUAAAAAAAAUGCUUAGAGGCAUCUUCCACAUCUGCCUCUCGGCAUCAUUUCUUCUUCUACCAUUCUCCUCCGCCGUACACGACGGUGACUUCAGCGGUGGAGCAAAUGCUCCUUCUCCAUGGGACCACAAUAUUGCACCAUCACCAGAAACCGCACCAUCCCCAACCACCUCACCGCCAUCUCCCGGUCCGGCGGCUGCUCCAUCUCCGAUCAACAACGGCUCUAUCUCCGGAGACAUGAAAUGGUGGUGCAACAAGACUCCACACGCUGAGACAUGCAAUUACUACUUCCAAAGGAGCCCACACAACAACAUUAACAGACCACCAAGGUUUCGGUCCGAAUUUCUACGAUUGCUGGUCCAAGUAGCACUUGACCAAGCCGUCAUCACACACGCUCAGACCGUAAAGUUCGGUCCGAGCUGCACCAACAACCAACGGAAAGCCGCUUGGUCAGACUGCGUAAAGCUCUUCGAAAACACGGUGGCUCAGCUGAACCUGACGCUCAAGGGACUUAACCCGGGGGCUUCCAGUGAUGUGAAGUGUUCGAACUUCGACGCACAGACGUGGCUCAGCACAGCCCAGACCAACAUUGAAACAUGCCGGUCUGGUUCGGAGGAUCUUAAAGUCUCGGAUUUUGUCAUUCCGGCGAUCUCCAACAAGAACUUGUCGGAUUUGAUUGGAAACUGUUUGGCUGUCAAUGGAGUUCUCAUGAAGCAACAUAAUCAUACAACUGCUAACCACGAAGAAUACUUCCCAAGCUGGGUGUCAAGACACGAGAGGCGAUUACUCGUAUCAGCCUCUUUAGCGAAAUCUAGACCCCAUCUAGUGGUGUCACAAGACAGGUCCGGCCAUUUCCGGUCGAUCCAAUCUGCGAUAAACUUCGCAGGAAGACGGAGAAUCAAGUCAAGAUUUAUAAUAUAUGUGAAGAAAGGUGUUUACAGAGAGAACAUUGAAGUCGGGAACGAUAACCACAACAUAAUGCUUGUUGGUGACGGCGCAAGAAAAACAAUCAUCACCAGCAGUAGAAGCGUCAAGAACGGCUAUACCACCUAUAACUCAGCAACAGCUGGCUUUGGAGGCCAAAGGUUUGUAGCAAAGGACAUGACAUUCAUCAAUACGGCAGGGCCAUUACGCGGCCAAGCUGUCUCGGUUCGGUCAUCCUCUGACCUCUCAGUUUUCUACCGUGUCGGUAUCCAUGGAUUCCAAGACACGCUCUACAUUCACUCGCAACGUCAGUUCUUUAGAGAAUGUUACAUCUCAGGCACCAUAGACUUCAUCUUCGGAAAUGCAGCUGUUGUGUUUCAAAACUGCAUGAUUCUCGUCCGACGUCCUCUCCGUGGCCAAGCUAACGUUAUAACAGCUCAGGGUCGUGGUGACCCUUUUCAGAACACAGGUAUUACCAUCCAUAGCUCAAGGAUAAUCGCGGCUUCUGAUUUGAGGCCUGUUAUUCGAGCUUACAAGACCUAUUUAGGUCGACCGUGGCAAGCGUAUUCGCGUGUUACUAUCAUGAAGACUUAUAUAGAUAACUCAAUCAGUCCCUUGGGAUGGUCUCCUUGGUUAAGAGGGUCCAAUUUUGCUCUCAACACGGUUUUCUAUGGAGAGUAUAAAAAUUUUGGACCGGGUUCUUCCACGAGGUGGCGGGUCCGGUGGAAAGGAUUCCACGCCAUAACCAGUGCUUCGGUUGCUUCCCGGUUUACUGUGGGAAGCCUCAUUGCAGGCGGUUCAUGGUUGCCUUCCACUGGCGUGCCGUUCAAGACAGGGUUGUGAGGAGAAUUGCAUGGUCCAUUCCAUUCCCAAAGACUAUUUAUAUAGUGUGUUAUGUGUUGUUUAUUUAUUUAUCUCUUGUUAACAUCACUGU